AAGAAGCAUCAUAGUAGCUGAGAAUUUGACACGUCAAUUGAAAUUUUCACAAUACAUGUUUUCGCGAUAAUUUGUAAAUUAGUAUAUUAUUUGUUAAAUCUAAUUAUUUACUAGUGAACCAAUUGUUAGCUUCGCUUACAUUUUAAACAUUUUGAUUUAGUACAAAAAAAAAGAACUUAACAAACAUGGCGUUGGCCGAGGGACCUUGCUAUACAAUCAUCAACUCGCCGGACAUCGAGGUGCCGAACGAGAUGCAACUUAAGCAAGACCUCGAAAAGGGAGAUACAAACGCAAAAAUCGAGACACUGAAAAAGGUGAUACAGAUGCUGUUGAAUGGUGAACGUUUAUCGGGUCUGAUUAUGACAAUUAUCAGAUUCGUACUGCCCGUGCAAAACCAUCAAAUCAAAAAACUAUUACUCAUAUUUUGGGAGAUAGUUCCGAAGACGUCAGCAGAUGGCAAACUUUUGCAAGAAAUGAUACUAGUUUGCGAUGCGUAUCGCAAAGAUCUACAACAUCCUAAUGAAUUUCUACGUGGCUCCACAUUACGUUUUCUAUGCAAGUUGAAAGAGCCGGAGCUUUUGGAGCCACUUAUGCCAGCCAUAAGAGCUUGCCUCGAACAUCGCCAUUCUUAUGUACGACGGAAUGCAGUUCUAGCUAUUUUCACCAUCUACAAAAAUUUCGAUUGGUUAGUGCCUGAUGGUCCUGAGUUGAUUGCAAAUUUCUUGGAAACUCAACAAGAUAUGUCUUGCAAGCGCAAUGCAUUCUUAAUGCUAUUGCAUGCAGAUCAAGAACGUGCACUCAACUAUCUGGCUUCAUGCAUUGAUCAAGUAAACAAUUUUGGGGAUAUUCUACAAUUGGUCAUCGUAGAGCUUAUUUACAAGGUUUGCCAUGCCAAUCCGUCUGAACGUUCGCGUUUUAUUCGCUGUAUCUACAACUUGCUAAACUCAUCAUCAAACGCCGUGCGUUACGAGGCUGCUGGUACUCUUAUCACACUUUCUUCUGCUCCAACCGCUAUACGUGCAGCUGCUAGCUGCUAUAUUGAAUUGAUCGUCGGUGAUAGCGACAACAAUGUUAAGCUUAUCGUACUUGACCGAUUGAUAGCUAUGAAGGAAAAUGAAAAUAUGGAAAAGGUGAUGCAAGAUUUAGUAAUGGAUAUAUUGCGUGUUUUAGCAGCACCUGAUAUUGAAGUGCGUCGCAAAACAUUGGCCCUGGCUAUGGAUUUAGUUUCAUCACGAAACAUCGAAGAAAUGGUGCUGGUGCUUAAGAAAGAAGUAUCCAAAACCCACAAUGUUGAACACGAAGACACUGGCAAGUACCGUCAAUUGCUUGUACGCACACUGCACUCGUGCUCCAUUAAAUUCCCAGAUGUGGCAGCAAAUGUAAUACCCGUGUUGGUGGAAUUCCUUUCGGACACAAAUGAAUUAGCUGCUGCCGAUGUGUUAAUUUUCAUACGCGAAGCUAUUCAGAAAUUUCCGGCACUACGCGCGCUUAUCAUUGAGCGUUUAAUUGAAGCUUUCCCACAAAUAAAAUCUUCAAAAAUUCACCGUGCUGCCGUUUGGAUAUUGGGUGAAUACGUCGAUAGCAAAGAGCAGAUUCUAGAAGUAAUUGAAACCAUUAUACAAGCUUUGGGCGAGAUACCUAUGGUAGAAGCCGAACAAAAACGUCUAGCGGGCGAGCAAACCGAUGAGGUUGAGAAGGCUAGCGAUGGCAACGCUAUUUCAGCGAGCAAUAAAGUCACUUCAGACGGUACAUAUGCCACUCAGAGCGCAUUCAGCUUGGCGCCAGUUGCAAAGAAAGAGAAGCGUCCACCGCUUCGCCAAUAUCUGAUGGAUGGCGACUUCUUCAUAGGCGCUGCACUUUCGGCCACGCUUACCAAACUUGCGCUGCGUUAUUUAGAAUUAGAAAAUGAGGAUCGCCUGCAAAAUCGUAUGACCACUCAGGUAAUGCUCAUCAUGAGUUCGAUUUUGCAUCUAGGUAAAUCGGGUUUCCCUACCAAACCUAUCACCAAUGAUGACAUUGACCGCAUCUUUAUUUGUUUGCGCACUUUGAGUGAGUGUACAGUAGAAGCUGUUGAAGUUUUCCAACAUUGUUGCCGAGACGCUCUUGGUAAAAUGUUGGAUGCCCAAUAUGAAGAAGAUCAACGCAUUUUGAAAGAGAAGCAACGUGCUUCUGCUAAGGUACAACCGGAUGACCCAGUAGCAUUUGCACAGCUUUCAAACGGGCGUGAUAAUCAGUUGGGUGAAAACGUUUUCGAGACUAGUUUGAAUCAAGCAUUGGCAGGAACUAAAUCCACCAACCUCAGCGACAUAACUUCACCAAAUAACAAACUUAACAAAGUCACACAAUUGACCGGCUUCUCUGAUCCAGUAUAUGCUGAGGCAUAUGUGAAUGUCAAUCAAUACGAUAUCGUUUUAGAUGUGUUGAUAGUUAACCAAACAAAUGACACUCUACAAAACUGCACGCUCGAGCUGGCAACAUUGGGUGAUUUGAAACUGGUUGAACGUCCACAUCCCGUGGUUUUAGCACCACAUGAUUUCUGCAACAUUAAAGCUAAUGUAAAGGUAUCAUCGACAGAGAACGGCAUUAUUUUUGGCAAUAUCGUUUAUGACACAAGCAUCAAUACUAAUGUAGUUGUCUUAAACACCAUACAUAUUGACAUUAUGGACUACAUCAUCCCCGCUUCUUGCACUGACACUGAAUUCAGACAAAUGUGGCAAGAUUUCGAAUGGGAAAAUAAGGUGACUGUAAAUACAACAUUCACCGACUUGCAUGAAUAUUUGAAACACCUAUUAAAGAGCACAAAUAUGAAGUGUUUGACACCGGAGAAGGCCCUCAGUGGCCAAUGCGGAUUUAUGGCUGCGAAUAUGUAUGCAAAAUCCAUUUUCGGUGAAAAUGCGCUUGCUAAUCUCAGCAUCGAAAAACCCGUCGAUGACCCGGAUUCCAAGGUGACGGGACAUAUUCGUAUACGCGCUAAAAGCCAGGGCAUGGCACUAAGUUUAGGCGAUAAAAUCAGCUCUUCACAAAAACAGUCAGUACAGGCCGCAUAGGAGAUUCAACGUAUUUUAUAAGUGUGAACUUUUAGUUAGUUAACUGUAUCCGUUUGUUUAUUUGAGCAAUUCGUAAAUAAUGUAUUGCAGCGUAAGUGAAAUCUCCUUGCGUAUUAUUGAAUUAGACCGUUUUUGUGCGAAUCAAAUUAAUUGCACGCAAAAUACGAUCUAGAUACAUAUGUAAAGUUAUUUUUGUGUCGUAUAUCCUUUCUAUAAAGAAUAUUAAAAAGCUAAUAAUUCCGACAGUUGAAUAGUAUAAAAAAGCGACUAUUUGCUUUGUUUUAUGUUUUUGAAUAUCGCAUUACAUGUACGAAUAUAUAUAUACCAUACACCGAUUACUACAAAUAUAUCAACAAUAAAAAUAUAUGAAAGUUAAAUUUAGAA